AUGGUUGCUGAAUUUGAUUCAAUAAUAAGAGAACACAUUCGACGUGCUCAAGCACGUGAGAUUCAGUUUACAUAUCUUGGUCCUAAAAUUCAAAAUGAAUUGAUACAAACUUUGGCAGGCGAGGUGAGAAGUGCAAUUGUCACAAAAGUAAAACAUGCAAAAUAUUUUUCUGUCAUACUUGAUUGUACUCCAGAUGCGAGUCAUGAGGAGCAAAUGUCUCUAGUAAUACGAUGUGUGGAUGAAUCAAUGGACUCUUCGAUGGUACAAGAAUAUUGGAUUGAAUUUUUGAAAGUAGACGAUACAUCAGGACUGGGACUUUUCACUGAACUUACGAAUGUGUUAACGAAUCUUGAGCUUGAUGUUGACAAUAUAAGAGGUCAAGUGUAUGAUAAUGGAGCUAACAUGAGCGGGAGACAUAAAGGUGUACAAAAAAGGUUACUUGAAAUAAAUCCUAGAGCUUUCUAUACUCCAUGUGGUUGUCAUAGCCUGAAUCUAGCAUUAUGUGACAUGGCAAAUUGUUGUUCUAAAGCUAUGUCCUUCUUUGGAGUGAUACAACGCAUCUAUACAGUGUUCUCUUCUUCUCCCAAACGAUGGAAAAUUUUUAAAGAUAAGGUUGAAGAUCCUAAAACAAAGAGUGAAGCUAAGUCAUUAGCAACAUAUGAACUUGAAAAUUUUGAGUUCUUACUUGGUAUGGUUAUUUGGUAUAAGUUGUUGCAUGCUUUCAAUACUGUGAGUAAAUUUUUUCAAGCAGAAAAUAUAGAUAUUGAUGAGGCCAUCAAGCUUUUAGAAGCACUUAUUUUGUUUCUCGAAAAUUAUGGAGAAUCUGGAUUUGCCAGUGCCAUGGAUGAAGCUAAACAAAUAGCGGUUGAAAUGGGAAUUGAAGCUGUUAGUUUGAUGAAAGUGGCAGUGAAGAGGUUUGAACAAUUUAAACAUUAUGAAGAGACAUUUGGAUUUUUGUUUAAUUCGGAGAGAUUAAAGAGUAUGGAUGUUAACAGUUUGUUGAAAUCUUGUAAGAAUCUUGAGCAGUAUUUGAGCCAUAAUGGACAUUUAGACAUUAUUGGUGAUGACUUAUGUACGGAGUUGUUAGUUUUGAAGUGCUAUUUACCUGGAGAAACAAAAAGAGCAAUUGAUGUGCUAAAUUACUUGAAGAAAAUGAAUGGUUGUUUUCCGAAUGCUUGCAUUGCUUACAAGAUUUUGCUCACUAUACCGGUUACAGUUGCAUCGGCAGAAAGAAGUUUCUCCAAAUUGAAAUUGAUCAAACCUUAUCUUCGAUCAACCAUGUCAUAG